AAUCUAUCCGACCUGGCCAGUCCCCAUCUUCCAGAUGACUUACCGUCCCCAGAUGAAAGUCAUCGGUCAACCAAAACUCAUCUGCCAUCGAUUCCCCAGGGCAAAGAACUUAUUAUUCCUGUCAACGGACCACCCUGCUAUAUUAGACAAACAGAAAUCGUUGUUGCCGACUUAAGUUCUCUGACCACGAGCAACUACAGCCAUGAUCUGCCCGACAGUAAUUCACUCGAAAUUAAAGAACAAAUUACAAUGGUAGUGGAGUCUACCAAAGGACCUUCUGGAAGUCCUAAGCAUUCUCAUGCUGCUAAAGCAAUUUCAAACGAUAAGACUCUUUCGACCACAGCAUUCUUAACAUCCAGUGAGAGCAGUAGCUGCAGUAACACAACAACAACUGCCACGAAUAGUCCCUCAAGUUUGAAGGUGGUUCCGAAACCAAUCAAAGGUCGACAACGAUGUCUCAGUGAAUCUGUUGCUACACCAGUAGUUCAUCACAAAACCAACAUUUCUCCCAAGUCGCACAAGUUCUUUGGACGUCUUCGACUUUUCUCCCUGUCAGGAGAUCGUUCACGAAGUAGUAACUCAACAACCGAAGCGAUGGAUGAAUCCGGUUCAACACCUAUAUCUCCAGGAUUUGAGCUCACACCACCUCAUCUUAUGCCGAAAGCAAAAAAUUGCACUUCACAACGUCUGGAAUUUUCUGGAAAACCGAUUCUCAACAAUAGCAAGUUUUUACCCAAACAGCGGCCUAGAAGGUCAUGUCUGUCAGUUUGA